AGCAAUGCUCUCGAUAGGGAGGUCCAGGAUGUCUAUUACGUCACCGUGCUGGCCAGAGACAAGGGCAGUCCGCCCAUGUCCUGUGACGCCACAGUAACCAUAUACAUCGACGAUAUCAACGAUCACUCGCCGAGAUUCACCCAAAAAGUUUACGCUACAAAAAUUUCCGAAAGCGUUGCUAAGGGCGAGGCCGUUGCUAGGGUCGUGGCCGUUGACAACGACGUUGGCUUCAAUGCCAAGUUGACCUUUUCCCUGGCCGAGUCGAACCGGCAACACUUCUACAUCGUCAGCGACGACUUCAUGAAUGAUACUGGUGUUGGCGUGGUCAGUGUGGGCGGAAUUUUAGACAGAGAGGCCGUACCGUCUCAUAGGCUCCAUAUAUUAGCAAUCGACGAAGGAACGCCUCGGCUAACGGGUACUGGCACACUAAUUAUAAACCUCCUAGACGUCAACGAUAACGCGCCAACGUUAGCCAACCAGCACAUCCCUAUUAUCCUUUACGAGAACCAAUUCCCUAAUCGUCCGGUGUCAGAAGUCAGUGCCCAUGACCGCGAUACCCUAACGAAUGGACCUCCCUUUGAGUUCUGGGUA